UGUGGUCCGCCACGUAAGAAAGUGUAUCCGUGGUCUGUGGACGAACAUUAAAUUUCAGUAUGAAAACAAAUUAAAAAGCAAAACAAAUACGUAAAAGUAUAGAGGUUUUUUUUCAUAAAUAUAGCAAAAUGGCUCGUCACAGAGACAUCCGAAACAUGGAUUUUUCCGACGAAUAUGAUGGAUAUGAUGAUGUAUAUGGUCAUUCUGUUGACGAUGACUACUACAUUUCGCCCAGCAAUACACAAUUUAUGUACAAUCGGGAAAUGAGUCGAGAUUCAACAAAAUUUGAACAAACCGAGGACAACAUUAAAGAAGCCGAUGAAGUUGAAGAAUUAUCGGAUGUAGAUAAAUCAAAACUAGAGUCUAGCAUAGAAUUAAUCGAAUCGACACUUUGCUCAGUAAAUAUAUCGCGAAAUGAACUAAUACAUCUCAUUCUUAAGUAUAAGUUUAACACAGAACUUGUGUUGAAUGAGAUUUUGGAAGGUCAAAAGUACCACGCUGUUACUACUGAAGGACCUGACAAAGAUGUCGCAAUGCACAAAUCUCCAAAAUUUAUUAUUCCAAAUGUCUUUGGAAAUUCUCAAUCAAAUGCAGUCGUGGCUUUCGCUCCACCGCCGACGAUAGUCGAAUCUACGGUGCCCCCCAAAGUCAAGAUCGUGGACGCGGCAUCCAAAAGCGCCGUAAAUAUCGUCAAGGGUUUUGAUGUACCCUCAAAAGAAAAAGUAAGCGUCACCCCCAGGUCUCAAUCUCCCGCUUCUGGUAGGGACACCCCCGUUUGGCCCCUGGUAGAAGGUGUUUUGGACGAGUCGAAAGUGAGUCGCAAGGAGCCCAAAAUCGAUCCAUUGGAACAGUACAAAAGGGAACGCGGCACGGACAAAGAUCACCUUUAUAUGGUCGUGAUUGGACACGUGGAUGCCGGCAAGAGUACCCUAAUGGGUCGAAUGUUGUGCGACUUGGGCCAGGUCAACAAAAAAGUUAUGCACAAGUAUGAACAGGAGAGCAAAAAGCUCGGCAAGCAGAGUUUCAUGUACGCCUGGGUGCUGGACGAAACUGGCGAGGAGCGAAAUAGGGGCAUAACGAUGGACGUGGGUCGUUAUCGGUUUGAAACGAAACACAAGGGCGUGACCUUGCUGGACGCUCCCGGCCACAAGGACUUUAUUCCCAAUAUGAUUUCCGGUGCGGGUCAGGCCGAUGUGGCGCUGUUGGUAAUAGAUGCGACUAGAGGCGAAUUUGAAUCCGGUUUUGACUUAGGGGGCCAAACUAGGGAACACGCAUUGUUGGUCAGAUCGUUGGGAGUUACUCAGCUCGCCGUCGUCAUUAAUAAGUUGGACACGGUCUCGUGGUCGAAGGAACGAUUCGACGAAAUCGUGCAAAAAUUGCGAUCUUUCUUAAAGCAGGCGGGCUAUAAGGAAAACGAUGUCACAUUCGUUCCAUGCAGCGGCUUAACCGGCCAAAAUUUGGUAAAAGCACCAACCGAAAAUGAGUUGCUCGUAUGGUAUAAAGGUCCAGCUUUGAUCGACGUAAUAGACAAUUUCCGAUCUCCUCAACGGCCCGUCUCGAAACCAUUUAGGCUCUCGAUAAAUGAUAUUUUUAAGAGUACUGGAUCUGGUUUUUGCGUAGCCGGUCGGGUAGAGACCGGAGUGUUAAGCGCGGGCGAUAAAGUUCUGGUGUGUCCCAAUCGAGAACUGGCCAUCGUCAAGUCCAUUUCUAUCGAAGAGGUGUCGCAACUUACCGUCUUCGCGGGUGACCAAGCCACCGUCACUCUUUCCAAUAUCGAAAUGCAAAACGUAUCGGUGGGCAACGUGUUGUGCGAUCCUAAUCACCCCGUUCCGGUCUCGAACAAAUUCGAAGCCCGCAUUGUCGUUUUCAACGUCACCGUUCCAAUUACCCGCGGCUUUUCCGUGGUAUUGCAUCAUCAGAGUCUCGUGGAACCGGCCGUCAUCAGCAAGUUAACGUCGCAGCUGAACAAGAGCACCGGCGAGGUCCAGAAGAGGCAUCCGAGGUUUUUAGGUAACAACACCAGUGCUAUCGUGGAGAUUACCGUAUCGAAACCGAUAGCUUUGGAGGUGUACAGCGAGUGUAAAGAAUUAGGGAGGGUCAUGUUGCGCGUAGGAGGUGUUACGAUUGCCGCCGGACUGAUUACUAAAGUGAUUCUUUAAAUUAUUAAUAACUAUUGCGAAAUAAAUUUUAUGUUAGGUACGUGGAACGGUUGUCAUAUUUAUCAUCCAUGCAUGGAUCCCAAUGAAAACGAUGAAAAUUUGGAAUAAUUUUAAUGAGAAAACAAAAAAUGAGUGCUUUAAAUU